CUCGGCAAUUUCACAGACAACAUCCAUUCCAUGAGGGAGUCUGGUCACCAGUUAGCAAGCGGGAUGGUGACAGGGGACGUUCAGAGACUGCCUGAGGGAGAACGCCAUCUGCGGCAGCUCUCCAAGACAACUCGUCCAGACCGGAGGACAUCACCUGGACGCCGCAAAAAGCUCCAAGUCAUCAUAUGUGUUCUGCUGGUGGAGCUGUGUGAAAGAUUCACAUUUUUCGGCAUUGUAUGCAACAUGAUUCUCUUUUGCACUGUAAAGCUCGGCUACGACAACUACCUGGCCGCAACAGUGAACUUGUGCUUCAUAGGAGCCAGCACACUCACCCCUGUGCUAGUCGGCUGGUUCGCCGACACCUGCCUAGGAAGAACCAAGGUGCUCUACUUGUGCGCUUUUCUCCAUUUCUUUGGCACGGCCAUGUUACCCGUAGUAGCAUUUCCUUUUGAAGAUUUCUACAUUGACAUUCAUCAUAUGAGUCAUAAGUUGGAAGCUCAAGAGCAGCAGGCACUGUUCUACACCGGCCUACUGGCUGCUGCCCUGGGCAUUGGCGGUAUCCGGGCCAUUCUCUGUCCCUUGGGUGCAUACAGCCUGCAGAGCUACAAUCAGUACCAGCUUCUGGGCUUCUUCAACUGGUUCUACUGGUUGGUUAACCUAAAUGCCACUGUUGUUUUUUUGGGUAUUGCUUACAUCCAGCAAUCUGUGGCCAAAAACCUGGCUUUUUUAAUCCCCUUCACAUCUGCAUUGCUGGCACUUAUUGCCAUACACAUGAUGCGCAACAAACUCAUUUACAAACCCAAGAAAGGCGGAUCCUUACUGACCACGUUUGGAGUUUUCUUGAACUCCCUCAAGAUGUGCUGCCUUCACUAUCGCCACCUUAGUGGAGAUGUGCCGUCCUGGUUGGACCGGGCCAAGGAGAAUAACGGCGGCCGGUACAGUGAGACUCACGUAGAGAACGUCAAAGUCUUGGCCAAGCUCUUCCCUCUUUAUGGUCUCCAACUGAUAUACAGAGCCUGUAUUACUCAGAUUCCCUCUGGAUACUAUUUACAAGCGAUGAACUCCAACCUUCACCUGAGUGAUGCCCUGUUGCCCAUCGGCACCAUGAACGUGAUCAGCAUUUUACCUCUUCUCAUGUUGGCUCCGCUGAUCGAGUGCGUGAACAGCUGCUCUCUCUCCAUGGCCAAAACUCCACUGGCACCGGCAAAAGUAAUUAUUCUGGGGCAUGCAUGUGCAGCUCUGUCCGUCCUGGUGGCAGGUUUAUCUGAGCUGCACAGAAAGGCUUUCCCCCUGGUGGAGCAAACCCUCUCCGGGAAGGUUCUACAAGUAUCUUCUAUGCCGUGUUUCCAUCUGGCGCCGCAGUACAUCCUACUCGGACUGGCUGAGGCUCUGGUCACUCCAGCAUGUUCUCUCAUCUCUUUCCAACUGACCCCUGGGCACAUUCGAGGAAUCUCCCUGCACUUUCUCACACUGUCCUAUGGGGGAGGCUGCUUCCUCGGAGCUAUCUGCAUUCAAUUGGUCUACUUCAUGCCUGGAGGUUCCUUUUAUCCAAGCGUCCUGCAUGAUGGAAAUCUGGAGAGAUUCUUUUUCUUCAUGGCCACACUGAUGAUGAUAAAUACUCUGGUGUAUUGGAGUAUAUCAAACAGGUACAUGGAUCUGAGUGUGCGGGGUAAAGCUUUGACAGUCAGCCCACUAACAGAGAAGCUUCUUCAGUACAAAGCUUGCCUGCGAUACUAUGACACGAUGGAGCGCUCGUACACAAACAACUCUUGUGAAUCUAUCAUCUGAAAGAGUUUAAAAAUCAUCUCUACACUUUGUGGCGCUGGCGCUGCUUACUGCUGUGUCAAAUUGAAUAUUUGUUGUUUUGUUGUGAUUUGUGAUCAAUUGUGAAU